UUCACUCGCUGCAGAGCUCCGGGAUUCAAUCGGUCUUCCUGUGCGCGCGCGUGUGAGUGCGGAGCGGAGUUGAGUUCAAAUAGAAUAAGAAUAGAGGAAUAAAGAAAGAGGGCACGGCGGCUCGCGGACCCUCUGCCGGUCCGGGGAUGCUUUAGACUCGGCGGACAUGUUGCCAUUUUGGAGAUAAGUGCCCCCUUCUUCUUUUUUUCUUUUUUUCUCUUUUUUUUUUUUAACCACACAUAUUUUUCUUCUUCUUCUUCUUCAUGGGACGGGAGGAAAAGCGGGAUAUCAGGUUCCGCUCCUCGCCGCCUCCUUCUCCUCCUCCUCCCCACUCCCCCCAGAAACUCCCACCACCACCUCCUCCUCCACCUCCUCCUCCUCUUCCUCUCCUGGAAGUUAUGUCAAGGCCUCUUACUCAGCUCCUACCGCCGGAUCUCCCUGCCGGGGCCACGAGCCCGCAGUUUGGGGCCAGCAACCCGCCUGGAAGUGGUCCCCAAGGCGGACACCUGACCUCCAUGACCAACCUGAAGACCCUGCUCCAGCUGCCAAUCAAGGCCGACCAGAGAGGAACCAAGGACUGCUGCGAGAUGAAAGACAAAGACAAGCCCUCGGAAUCUGAAGAAGACUCGCAGAGCAACAACAGCGGGGCCGGCGGAGGGGCCCCCGGGGCCGGCGCGUUGCGGCCCGGCUCCCACUCGGCGUUCCUGGGCCCCCUGCUGUGGGAGAGGACCCUGCCGUGCGACGGAGGCCUGUUCCAGCUGCAGUACAUGGACCUGGAGGAGUUCCUGACCGAGAACGGCAUGGGGAUGCACGGCAACGGGCCCAGCUCCACCAGCGCCCAGAUCCCCUCUCAGAGCUCCCAGUCGGCGGUGCCCAACCAGAGCUCCCAGUGCCCUCCCACUUCUCCUUCGCCCUGCUCCUCCUCUUCCUCCUCCUCCUCCUCCUCCUCCAUGUCCUCUUCUUCCUCCUCUUCCUCGCUGCUGGGACUGGAAACCGUCCAGCCACAACCGCCGCCGCUACCGCCGCCACCUCCGCCGCCGCCACUGCCACCGCAACAACAGCAGCAGCCGCCGCCGCCGCCGGGGAUGAUGGGAGAACCUGAGUGUCAUCAUGGUGGUCGGGCGGUGCCUCAGGACCAGUCCCCCACUUCCUCUACCUGCCCUCCGGGACCCCCCGGGCCUCCGGCUGCCGCCGCCAGCAGCGACAUCACGGUGAACUUUGACCCCGACCCGGCGGACCUGGCGCUGUCCAGCGUGCCGGGCCAGGAGGCGUUCGACCCGCGGCGGCACCGCUUCUCCGACGAGGAGCUGAAGCCUCAGCCGAUGAUCAAGAAGGCCCGCAAGAUGCUGGUCCCCAAUGAGCAGAAGGACGACAGGUACUGGUGCCGGCGUGUGAAGAACAACGAGGCGGCGAAGCGCUCGCGGGACGCCCGGCGGCUGAAGGAGAACCAGAUCUCGGUGCGCGCCGCCUUCCUGGAGCGGGAGAACGGCGCCCUCCGCCAGGAGGUGGCCGACAUGAGGAAGGAGCUCGGCCGCUGCAGGAACAUCAUCAACAAGUACGAGAGUCGGCACGGAGACUUGUGAGGCCGGAGAGGAAGAGGAAGAGGAGAAGGAGGAGGAGGAGGAAGACGACGAAGGAAGAGGAGGAGGAAGAGGAAGGAAGGGUGGAAAUGAGAAAAAAAAAUAAAAGGGUACAAGGCAAAAACCCGACAACAGCAGCACUUUAGUUUAAGGCCGGCGUAGAUCUGCAGCGAACACCGGGAUACGAACACCGGCGGCGUGAACACCGGGACACGAACACCGGGGGCACGAACACCGGGGGCGCGAACACCGGCGGCGUGAACACCGGGACACGAACACCGGGGGCGCGAACACCGGCGGCGUGAACACCAGAAUCACGAACACCGUGGACGCGAACACCGGGACACGAACACCGGGGGCGCGAACACCGGCGGCGUGAACACCGGAAUCACGAAAACCGUGGACGCGAACACCGGGACACGAACACCGGGGGCGCGAACACCAGCGGCGUGAAC